GAGAACUUACACGAACGACGCACGUUUAUGUUUUUAUAUUGAAAAAUAUGGAUAAUGUUGAAGAAAACGUAAUAUGGACUGAAAAAAAAUGUAUACAACUGAUACGGGAGUAUAAAUCGAGACCGAUUCUGUGGGAUUCGAACGAAGUUUUGUUUUAUAAAUACGCAGCUAGAAGUGACGAGUGGGAAUCCAUAGGAAGGGCUUUAAAUACUUCAGCUGAGGAAUGCAAGUACAAAAUGAACAUAUUAAUGUCAUCAUUUAGACGAGAAAAGUCCAAAUUAAAAAAGGGACUUAAAGAUGGUAAAUCGCGUGUGACGACAUGGUUUGCAUUUAUGGAACUAUCAUUCCUGUUGAAUAGAAAAAUUGAAAAAAAAAAACUAUUAAAUACAGAGGAAAAAAGCGACAUGUCAAGCAGUUCUAACAUUGAAGUAUUGCCUGAUACCCAAAUUCAUUUAGAAAAUAACAAAAGUCAACAACUCGCAAUUGAACAUACACUAGCUGCUAGUGAAACGAUUUAUGCACAAGAUGACAUCAAAGGUGAACCAGAAUCUGAUGCUGAAUCUGAUUUAGAAUCUAGCAAUCAAACAUUUGUACGAACACCUGGGCCUAGUCUAGAAAAAAAUGAAAAUGUAAAAACUUAUUCUGUUCAAACUUCAACAGAACCAAUAAAUACAGAGGAGAUAGAGGCUUUUACUAAUUUCGUUAAGUCUAAGAUGAAAAAGCAUUCCGAGAAGACACUACAAGCUGUGCAAAAAGCUAUAUGUGAUAUAUUAUUUAAAGCAGACGUAGGUUAUUACGAAAAUGACGUACAUGAAGUUACAGAAGAAAGUGAUAUGGAUAAAGUAAUUAAAACAAAUAUUUCGUUGAAAAGAAAAAGAGAUUCAAGCGCAUCCAUAGACAAUAUUGUUUUUGAAGAAUCAGAGAGCAGUCGUUAAUUUUUUCUCUAUAACUAAUUUUUUUAAAGCUCAAUUUAAAAUAUACAAAAAUACACUAUGACAUUUGAUUUCAUGACAAUGACUGUAAUUUACACAUAUCUUAUUUAUUUCCCUUAUUAAUACGCCAUACAGAUUGUAUUUUAUCACUAACCGCUUAUUUGGAGUUUGGAGUCAUCCUAAUUCUUUCAAUAUUGUCACCAUGUCCAUGUCACGCAUUCUGUUAUUUAGGUUUUUAUCGCAUUCAAUAUAACAUUCUUCAUAAUAAUUCCUUUGCAUUACAUGUCCAUUUAUAAUGUUUCUCAGAUUUUUAACUUUUCUAUUACGGUAAAAAUAUUUAAAAAAUCAUCUACCGUUUUCGUUUCUUAUUCAAACAAUUAACACCGCAUAGACAUCAUACAUACAUACAUAUUCUCAUUCCGAAAGAUAUCAUUUGCUAUUUACCAACACACCUAUCUGUAUGAGCUAUACAUGAUCACAAGUCUGAUGACAGUUAUAUAUAUGUACAUAUAUAUAUUUUAACAAAAACAUCAGCAAAAAAACAUGCAAAUACAUUUUGUAUUUAAUGUUAGAAUGUCUAUAACCAGCCCUUGGCUUUCAGACCUUCGAUGAUUCUAGCUGUAAAUUACUCGAAUUGCUUUCCAUUUUAAGGUCCACGACACAGUAUCUCGACAUAUUCCAUGAUAUACCUUUUCAAGGUCAACGAACAUUUACACAAGUUUCUAUGGACUCGUCUGUAUUUUUCGCACAGUUGGCUUAUUGCAAAAAUGGCUUUCAUCGGCCGUCGACGAAACAUAAAACCAAACUCGAUUUCCUUGACAUUACUUUCCUCUCUUAAUCGUCUCUCGAACACUUUUUCCCAUACCUUUACACUAUUUGACGUCAACACUUGAAUCAGUCUUGUAUAUCACCUUGACAUGGCAUGACAUAGAUUUUCUCAACGACUUGCGUUAAAUUAUUGAAACAAUCACCAACACAUAAGAAAUUUAACAAAAAAAUAAUAAUUACAAAAACAAACAGUCUAAUAUUAGAAAUAUUUUAAACAAAAAGGCAACAUUGUGAAGUCUUUAGGCUUACUUACGGGGCAAGGGCCGUUGCGGCCAAGGAUUUUAGCAACGGAGAAGGGACGCUUGCGCCGGCAUUCCGAUAUCGGUAGCAAUCGAUUUAUAUUGCAUGUACAAAUAAUUACUAGUAACAAGUAUAUUUGGAACAAUAAUGGUUAUUAUUUGAAUAGAGUUUUUCAAAAAAUUAUAUUGUCUUGUGUCAAAACACUUUUGUUAAAAACACAUUUCACGGUAAAGACCGGUAAGGGAAGUUAUUUACGAGCUAUUUAAAAAAUGCCUAAUUUCCUAAAAUCUGUUUCAAUUUAGCAACACAUUCAUAUCAACGAUAUAGCAUAAAUCUAUAUAUAUUAAAAUCGGGAGAAGGUACAACUAAACUGGCAUUCCUAUGCAGCCAGCGCCCGACUUAAAGUAUUCAAAUGAUAGUCAUACAUUUGUAUAACAAUGUAAUACACUAAUUCAAUUACUCGGGACGUGUGUGUUUUUAUAAGUGACUUAGACUGGACUAGAAUGCCAUUGUUUUGUUUGCAGGAAUUCUGUUUACAUUGUUAUAAUAUUUUUAGCGAAUUCUUAUAAAUAAUGUUUGCAAGAUUACACUGUUUAAUGAAAAAUACAUUUUAGUCAGUUGACUUUUAAUAUUAUGGUUUAAUUUUCCAAAUGACUUUGUUGAAUGUCACCACCUGAAGAAGUUAUUAUUUUGAAGCUUAUUUCAAAAUGUCAUUGUUCAUAUCGCUACUCUGAAAUCUGAAGUCUAAAUUGAAUGCGCAUUUACCAAGGUGACUUGGACGUCAUUGCUAUUAAAAUUU